UAACUUCACCCCACGUGAGCUAAACCGUACCACGCGCAGCAAGCCCGAACCGGCUCGGUAGGCAACGUCAGAGAAUAGCAGGCAGGUACAAACAACAGAAGUGGUAUUGGAGACGCAGUAAAGCAACUACCAAGGAGUCAGUCCUGAAACGAUUCAAGAAAGAUGGCGGACGACCCCACCGCAGCAGACAGAAACGUGGAGAUCUGGAAGAUUAAGAAGUUGAUCAAAAGUCUUGAAGCUGCCAGAGGGAAUGGCACGAGUAUGAUCUCUCUCAUCAUUCCUCCGAAGGACCAGAUUUCUCGAGUGGCCAAGAUGUUGGCUGAUGAAUUUGGCACAGCCUCCAAUAUCAAAAGCAGAGUCAACCGGCUCUCUGUGCUCGGAGCCAUCACGUCUGUACAACAGAGACUCAAGCUCUACAACAAAGUGCCACACAAUGGCUUGGUGGUGUAUUGUGGAACCAUUGUGACAGAAGAGGGCAAAGAGAAAAAAGUCAACAUCGACUUUGAGCCUUUCAAACCAAUCAACACAUCCUUGUAUCUGUGCGAUAACAAAUUCCACACUGAGGCUCUUACCGCCUUGCUGUCAGAUGACAGUAAAUUUGGCUUCAUUGUGAUUGAUGGGAGUGGUGCACUCUUUGGGACUCUCCAGGGAAACACUAGAGAAGUGCUUCACAAGUUCACUGUGGACCUUCCCAAAAAGCAUGGUAGAGGAGGUCAGUCUGCCUUGCGUUUCGCCCGUCUGAGAAUGGAGAAGAGGCACAACUACGUACGCAAAGUAGCCGAGACUGCGUGUCAGCUCUACGUUUCCAAUGACAAGGUCAACGUCGCCGGCCUGGUGCUCGCCGGAUCGGCGGACUUCAAGACGGAACUAAGCCAGUCGGACAUGUUUGAUCCGAGGUUACAAGCAAAGGUCCUGAAGCUGGUGGACAUCUCGUACGGAGGAGAGAACGGUUUCAACCAGGCCAUUGAGCUCUCUGCCGAGGUCUUGUCCAAUGUCAAGUUCAUACAGGAGAAGAAACUGAUCGGAAGAUACUUUGAUGAGAUCAGUCAGGACACGGGGAAGUACUGCUUUGGUGUGGAGGACACCCUGAAGGCUUUGGAAAUGGGAGCCGCGGAGAUCCUCGUAGUCUACGAGAACCUGGACACCAUGCGUUACGUUCUGCGAUGCCAUGGUGCCGAAAGCACUGGAACAGAGAAUGAUGAGAAGACAUUGUUUUUGACCCCAGAGCAAGAGAAGGACAAAUCUCACUUCUCAGACAAAGAGACAGGACAAGAGCACGAGCUGAUUGAAAGCAUGCCUCUGCUGGAGUGGUUUGCCAACAACUACAAGAGAUUUGGAGCCACACUGGAGAUAGUCACCGACAAGAGCCAAGAGGGGUCACAGUUUGUUAAAGGCUUUGGGGGGAUCGGGGGGCUAUUGCGUUACCGGGUGGAUUUCCAGGGAAUGGAUUACACGGGCGCAGAUGAUGAGUUCUUUGAUUUGGAUGACUACUAGGUAGUCUGGACUGAACCAUGAAAGAGGGGAAAAUACAAAUGUAAGGCUUCAUCCAGACCAGACCAAUUGGGAGAAAAAGAACAUGCGAGUCCUCAAGAAGAAGAACAGAGCAAUGUGAAAAGUAAAAAAAAAAAAAAAAAAAAAAAA